CUAUUCAGUAGUGCAUUACCUAUUCUAUAUGGUUAUUAUAAUAUUAUUAUUGUUCCUAAUUGUGUGGUGAAAUGUAUUGUAUUAUUGAAAUUGUUUUUAAACGAUUACGUUACGGGAUCAGCAAAGAGAACAUUAACGACUUUGAAUCAUUGUCUUUCUAUCGAAUUUUUAAGCCGUGACGAGCAGUGAUAAGACAAUAAUAAUAACUUGAGUGUUUUCGACGCACGUUAAUUGCUAGACAUCUUUGUUUUGUGGCUGAGUGGCUGUUGUGCUGUAGCCUGUGGUGCAGUACUCGUCUACUCUAACGACUGGAAGUGUGGCGCAGUAAAUCCAAUUUAAAUUAUAACUUAUCAUAUGAAUUAAAUAAACAAUUUUACCGGACUGUUGAUUUUUACUGUGAUUCAUGAAGACCUGUAAAACUGACUCGGCGAAUUGUACCUUGGAACACUGAUGGUUCCUUCUACCUUACUGGUAAGUACUUAUAUUAUUACAUCUGCACUCAUACAGAAGAACUGUUAUCCCUUAAAAUAAUAUUAUAAUAAUUUACAAUGGAAAAAACAAUGAAUGAUCUUGAAGUAUCGAUUAAAUUGCCUCCAUUAUUGCUAAAAACAUUUUCCAUCAAUAUUAACAAAGCCAAAUGUAUUAAAUGUAAUCUUUCAUGUGCACCUGUAGAAGAUGAUAUUCUUUUCCAUCUGUCAGUAUGUAAUGGAAACCUUAUUGACGACAAUAUUCAACCAAAAUUUAAAUUCAAUUGUUUGAAGUGUUAUUUUACGACUGAUAGUAUUGAUCAAUGGAAGUGUCAUUUAUUCAAACUCAAUCAUAUUUCCAUUAAUUUUGAUUCAGGUAUAAAAAACUAUUCACACGAUUGCAAUUUGUGUAAAACUCAUUUUUAUGGAUCUAAAUCUAGCAUACUUCAACAUCAAUGUAGACCUAAAUUUAUUUCAUUAUUAUCAGAAGUGAUGGCCUAUGUGUAUACCAAUUAUAACGUUAAGGAUAAACAGACUAUGCUUCAUUAUUGUACAGAUUGCUUUUAUUACACUUAUGAUUUAAUAAUAACUGAUUUUCACAUUAAGAAACAUAGUGAAGCUAGCAAUAAUUCUGUAUGCAAUUCAUGUCAGAUAACAUUUUAUGGCUCUAAUAAAGAAGAAUUUUUAAACCACAAACAUUCAUUUGAACAUAUAAUUCUGUGGUGUUUAAAUGGAGCUCGAAGUGUACCAAAACUGUCUACUACUGUGAUUAAGAAAUUGCCUUAUUACAUAACAAAAUAUUUUGUAAUUAGUACAUUGUUAGAAAAAUUUUGUUGCAUUGUCUGCAAUACAAUAAACAUAUUGACAUGUGAAUAUAUUUAUGAUCAUUUUCAUAAAUGUAUUUCAUCCAAAGAAAUAUCUUGUGCCGAAAACUGCAUUUCAUUGCUAUCAGUAAAUUGUAAUGUAUGUAAUUAUUCAUGUUCCACCAUAUAUGAAAAUUUUUACAAAUGUUGGGUGGACCAUGUAAUAAGUUUUAAUCAUUUGAGUAAAACAGUGGUUGAAAAAAAGAACAAACAAAAAUUAAUUUCAUAUUACUGUUAUGUAAGUGAAACUGUGUAUUAUGGAACUUAUUCUUUCAUUAUGAAGUUAAUAUUGAAAACAAAUAAUGAUAUUGGACGUCUGUUGUUUAUAUCUGAUUUAAUGGCUAAAGUGUACAAACGUGUCACUAAUGCACAUUUCAGCUGCAAUAUUUUAUUUUGCUGCGGAAUUUGUCAAAAUUAUACAGACAAACAUUUAUUUGAUUGUGUUCAUAAAAAUGAUGAAUCAAAAUUACUUUAUUGUUCCACUUGUUUAGUUAAGUUCAAUGUCGAUUCUGACUUCAAUGAACAUCUUGUAAGUAGUGAGCAUAUUAUUUUGAAAUAUUUUAAAUCUAAUCAAAUAGGUGAACUUAUGAUUCUUGAUCGUUCCAUGGAAACAAUGAAGAUUUAUUUAACUAAUUUAACAGAAAGUGACGACAAUGAUGAUGGAGAUAAUGAUAACGAUGACACCUUUAAUGAUGACUCUGAUAAUGAAACGUUUCAUGAGACUAAAUAUGAGGAUAAUAAUGAAGUGGUUAAUUCUAUGCAAAACAUAAAAACCCAUGAUCCAGAAGAAAAUGUUAUUUCAAAUUUAAUAGAAAAAUUAUCUGCACAACAAAAAAAAUCUGCUUUUAACAAUUACUUGAGAAUGAAUUUUGAACUAAUAAACCAAAUGCCUCAAGCAAGUAAUGUUUUUGUUGAAUCUUUAUCAUACAUCUGUGAUAUUUGUGAUUUGGUCGUUGGUAAUCGUGAUGAUUGGAUUAAACACGACGAACUAUUUCAUAAGAAAGAUAAUGAUCUUUCAAUUUUAUACUGUGAUAUUUGUCGUGUUUAUCAUGUGAAUACUUCUUCUUUUAAUAUUGAUUAUCAUUUAACGACUAAUGAACAUUUAAUAAUGAAAGAAUUUCAAGAGUACCUGAAAAAAACUUUGGUCAAACUUUCAAUAAAUAAUAUUAAUAAUUGUAAUAAUAACCCAAAUUCCAUCGAUAAUGACAAAGGUUCCGAAGUAAAAAUUAAAAAAAUCCAAAAUUCAAAAGUAUUUAAAAAGAAUAAAAUUAUUCAUAUAGAAAUUAAGGAUGUCAAUACUAAUUUAAAAAGAAAUAAUUAUUGUUUACUAAGCAAAAUAAUUGAAGAAAAAUAUGGUGAAUUCAAACAGAUCACAAAUGUAGACAAUUCAUUCAUAAUUCUUUUCAAAAAUAUGGAUCAGGUUAAAUUUUUCGUUGAGGAUAAAAAAAAAUUGGAAGAACAGUAUGGCUUUACAAUACAAACAAUAGGAGAACAUAAAGAAAAAGUAUUAUCAUUGAAGACAAUAGAUUUCUUUGAAGAUUGGGGCUUGUUGUGUGAUACAAUUUUAAAAGAUUUAAAGAUCAUGAAUAGAACAUUAACCAGUUCAAAAAUACAAUCCUCUGUUCAACAAUUAUGUGACUCAAUAUAUAGCCUUGAUAUUGGAACAAAUUCAAAUAAAGUUCACAUUUUUGGUUCUAGAGUGUAUGGACUAGCUACAGAUACAACUGAUAUAGAUAUAUAUUUGGAGACAGAUGACACGUUUGACGGAGAAAUAUCAAAUGAUAAUGACAUUCAAGUGGAAUUGGUUAAAACGUUUACUAAACGUUGUUUGUUAAAACCAAAAGUCUUUAAAAAUGUUGAAGAAAUCUGCAAUGCUCGUGUACCUAUUGUUAAAUUUUAUCACAUACCAUCAAAACUCAUCUGUGAUGUAUCCUUUAAAAGUGGUUUGAGUGUGUACAACACAAAACUAAUCAAAUUGUAUUUGUCAAUGAGCACUACUGUAAAGUGGCUGGUCUGCGUCAUUGUGAAGCAUUGGGCUCUCCAAAACGGUUUAAAAGACAGACAUUUGUUCACCAGCUAUGCCUUGAUAUGGCUGGUGUUAUUUUACUUGAUGACCGAAAAAGUUGUUCCAUCAGUGAUGGAACUCAGGCAAAAAGCUUCUAAAGAUGAUCAUAAGAUUAUUGAAGGAUGGGACUGUACGUUUGGAGAAUGGUCGUGCAAUAUCAGCGACGAUAAACGUCCUAAACUGUUAUUGGGUUUUUAUCAAUUCUAUGCCAAUAAGAAAAAACUAAAGGAGUAUGUACUGUCUACUUGCACUGGUCAGCACAUAAAGAAGCAUAAAUUUUAUAACAAUUUUAGCCAAUUGUCAGGAUUAAGUAAAAUACAGAGAACCCAGUUUAAAACCUUUCAGUCCAAAGUUGAUUCGAGUUUCGAGAAAUGUUACGGCCUUGUUCUACAAGAUCCAUUUGAACUGUCAUUCAACCUGACUAAAAAUAUAUACAAACAAGUUUUGACAGAUUUUUGUGAUUUGUGUAAUCAAAGUGCUACCCUUUUAAUUAAUAUGAAAGGUUACAAUAUGUUUUAUAAUACCUAAUUUUGUUUUUAAUUGUACUUUUCUUAUGCUUAACAAGUUUUCUAGACUUAAGUUACCUAUGCGUUAUAUAAUGUGAACAUUCUAAUUUCAUAACAUCUAAAAAUAUAAAUUGUGUAAAUCUUUUAAAAUUGCAUUAAUAAAUUAAUACUUUUAUAAUUUGUUAUGAAA